UGGUGAUCCUGUGAGUUGAACUUUUCAAGCAGUAGUCCAUCCCUCCUGUGCCAGCCUCUCUUUAAUUAUUUUCCUACAUCAUUAUGCCCUGUUGCCCACAACGCAACAUGCAGAAGAAACCUAAAAAUGCUUGCGCAAAGGCUUCGAAUCCCUUGGCAGAUCUUAUGUCGCUCCAAGACUGGCUCAUGGGGUUGGGCAUACUUCUGAUCAAGAGCACCUUAUGCAGAAUAGAUUUGUGGGUUUUCACACAUUAGAAAACUAUCAAAGAAAGCUAAGCUGGGUGAUUUUUGUCUAAUGUACAUAUAUCAUCACCACUGGACAUGAUCAGCCUAAAACCUUCAAUCUCUCUUUUUCACGCAAUUAGUUACAUUUCUUUGCAUAGAAAUGGAAGAUUAGCGACAACGACGUACAGGCUUAGUUUUGACUUACCUUACUUUACCUGUAUCCAGUACAGUAGGUGUGUGUUCAGUCAGCGGCGAGGCUCAGCUUUCAGCAAAACGUCCAGCCCAGCUGCCUUAAAACAACACUCAAAAGGACACUCUGAAACUUGCCCAAAAUAAUGGGCAUAUAUUGAAAAUAGACACACAUAUAGACACACUGUCUGUACUUACACUUUCUUUGUGGAAAUUUAGUAGCUUUGAUUCUGGUUAUUUGUUAUAAAGUAUGAUUUUGGUAGAGGGAUUUAACAAUAAUGCUGGUGAGAAUCGUUUUGUAAGCAAUUUGACUCUGUGCCAGUUCAGUUUGAAUCAUACAGAUUUCCCGAUUGAGGUGUUAUGUAAUUAACAUCUGACAGUAUUGGAAAAAAACUAAACUACUUGGAGGAACAAUGAUGUGUGUGCACAACAACAAAUCAACGGAUAGUAGAAGUGUGUAUUGCAGUGUACAGUAUGGCAAUAAGAUCAUUAUUGCAGUGAGGAGUGAUUACUUUCAUUUAAUCAUAAAAUACGUUUGAUUUAGUUCACUCUCACUUUUACAUCCUUCUGUAUGUCACUCUGUGCAUGAACAUGAAUGUCCAAAAAAGGACCACGAGAGCUGUAUUAUUGUACAUCACCAACAGGGGGAGACAUUUGGCCAGGUAAAGAUUCAAAUAUGUUAUAUUGAGUGUCUCAGUAAGAUGUUGGUCCACCAGGUCUUAAGAUCACUAAGGUUUUCAAUAUUCCACCUUUUAUGCCAUUUCUCUCGUCACUCAUAAAUAUAAACAAAUAUAUGUCCCUAAGAAUAAUGGUGCAAUAUUGAGUGUUGGGUCCUGAGGAAGCUCCAGAGCAUCUUGACACUGAGGUGUCAGUACUUCUUGGAAUAAAUUACACAGUGACUUCAACCGUUUGGACUGGUCCUUUAAAAACAGUGGCAGAGUGUUUUGCAUUAGACAUUGUGACUUGCAUUAGACAAAGUGACUAGCUUAGAGUUUCACAUACUGGAAAAAGCGCUUUGAGUGAUUGCAAGGUAAAGACAUUCAUUUGAGUGCCUGGGUCAAGUCUUCUUCAAGAAGACUUCAGUGAUGCAGAGUCUCUUCAUACUCCUGCUUUUCACAGGCAUUUUCUAUCCACUACUGUCUGUCCCUCGUAAGUUCUAUCUGAUUAAGGAGCCAAAAACAUGGAAUGAAGCACGGGCCUAUUGUCAAGCCAACAAAACCGACCUAGCUACCAUCGAAAGUAAUGAUGAUUUGCUCCAACUUCGAAGUGUUGCAAUGAGCCAACUAUUUACUUCCAGUGCUUGGAUCGGACUGUAUAAUGACAUUGGAAGUUGGCGCUGGUCGCUUGACAAUAUGCCACUAGGAACUUUGAGCUCUUGGGCUUCUAAGCAGCCUGAUAACCAUAAUGGAGAGGAACAAUGUGUCUCAAUGAAGGACGGGAUUUGGUCUGAUAGGCCAUGCAUAGAAACAUAUACAUUUCUAUGCUUUGACGACAAGAAAAUCGGCAGUGAGAAGUAUAUUUUUGUCUCAUUAAAGAAGUCGUGGAGUGAUGCCCAAAGUUACUGCAGACAACAGUACACAGAUUUGGCCAGUGUGAGAGAUAAUGCAGAAAGGUUAUCUAUAAAGAGCAGAAUCCCCUCUGAGGAUUUAUGGUUUGGCCUGUUCAGAGACUCCUGGAAGUGGAUAGACCAGGCCAACGUGUCUAGCAUUCCGUGGAAAAGUGGACAACCUGAUAAUAACAAGAAUAAUGAAGACUGUGGUUGUUUACUCAAUAAUCAGGCAGAGGAUAAACUCUGUUCAGACAAAAUGUCCUUCUUCUGCUAUUCAGUAAUCACCGGACAAAAGCAAAUAAUCAGAAUGAAGGUCCAGUCUGAGCAGGAUGCGAAUGAUUCUGAGGCAGUCAUCUUGGAGAAGAUCAAGGACAAGUUGAAGGAGCAUGGUGUGGAUAAGAAUGUCACGGUGAUGUGGGUAAAGCAACCGGAUGGAAAGGUGUUUAAAAAGAAGAAAGAAAAGAAGUUGACACCAGGUUGUUAACAGUUGAACACUAACAGGACCGAGAGAUUGUCAACUGGGUUGAAAACUGUAUGCAGUUUUGUGAUGCAGUUUUCUGCACACUCAUUUAUGAGUUAGUUCACUAUGUAGACUUAGAAUUGGCCUUUAAUACAAUUGACUCUAGGCUGAUAAGAUUAAUAUUAUAAUAUAAUAUAAAAUAUUUUUCAGCAUCUCAGUGUCCCUUUAAUAAUGACUAGAAGACAAGAGAUAUGUGCUUGUGUCUUUCUGUUUUUCCAAAUAUUAGCUUAUAAUUGAUAAAAAAAAUGAUUACUUAUUACUAUUACUUAAUAAGGUUAGGCUUAGGAUUUAUUCAUCUUCAGAUUUGUUCAAAUUUGUUCAUGGGCAGUGGUGGCUCAAGUGGUUAGGGCUCUGGGUCAUUGACUGGAAGAUCAGGAGUUCAAGCCCCAGCACUGCCAAGUUGCCACUGUUGGGCCCUUGAGCAAGGCCCUUAACCCUCUCUGCUCCAGGGGCGCUGUAUCAUGGCUGACCCUGUGCUCUGACCCCAACCUCCAAGGAUGGGAUAUGCGAAGAAAGAAUUUCACUGUGCUGUAAUGUAUAUGUGACAAAUAAAGGCUUCUUCUAUUUCAUAUUGAC